AAUCUCCUCGUGUCGAGGUAUCGAUGUUCUUGGUGCAUCCCUGUCUUCAUGCUUUCCUGCAAUGCGGCUCUACCAUCGGCCGUCACCAUAUGCAACUUUACAACUCUCGCUCCUCUUUUUGGUAUUAGUGUUCUGUUUUUGUUUUUCAGCAAGCGAGAGCCAUGGCAAGAUUACUCGGUUUAUGGGUCUCCACAUGUUAUACAAUAUGAUAUACGGUUUACAACAUUCGAUAUGAUGAGAAUGAGAUACGACCUCAUCAUAAAGGUAUAUGUGCUUCUAUGAGUCUUUCGGACAGGCACUCGGGAAUCCCCCCAGGCAGUGCUUUUCCAUAUAAUUUCCCAACCCUUGUAUUUAGAGCUUCCGAUGGUCUGAUUCGCGAGCAUCGUUGCUGGUACGAG